AUGGCUCCGUCCCCAGCUCUCUACACGGUGAAGUCUGCAGCGCUCCAGUGCUUGGCUGUCCCCUCCCCUGCAGCCUUUCCCGGCCAGAACCGACCCCAGCCUGCCCAGAGCUGCCUGAACGGAGCCGAUGGAGGGGCCGGGCCGGGCAGGGGGCGCUGGCCCGGGCUGAGGGGCUGUGCGCUGGGCGCAGGGAGCAGCGUGCAGCCGGGCCGCAGGAAGAGGAAGCGCACCACGUUCAGCCGGGGGCAGCUGUGCCAGCUGGAGCGCGUCUUCGCUGCCCUGCCCUACCCGGACAUCGGCACCCGCGAGCGCCUGGCCGAGCUCACACAGCUGCCCGAGGCCAAGAUCCAGGUCUGGUUCCAGAACCGCCGUGCCCGCAGGACGAGGGGUGCCACGCCAGAGCGGCCCGGCUGCCGGGGGGCCCCGCUGCCCUGGCCCCAGCCUGAGCCCGUCGGGCCGUGGCAGGAGGAGCCGCUGGGCACGGGGGCCGUGGCCAGGCAGACCUCGCUGGGCCGCACCUCCGACCUCAUCUACAGCGCAGCGCUGGUGGCCGAGCUGGGUGAGGAGUGGGCCCGGACCGCGGAGGGAGCGGCCGGGCUGGGGGGGCUGGCAGCGGUCCGGCCCUGCAAUCUCCUAAGUGGGGGCACGGGCGAUCAGCACUAAUGCCAACUAAUCUUCCCGAGCGGCACCUUAAUCUGGGCCCGCGGGAUUCACCCACCUAAUCCCACGGGGCGGCCUGGCCCGCGCAGCCUGGCCCGGCCCCGCCGGCAGAUUGGCAUGUCUCAGAAAUAUUAAAGCGCGUUGUUAGCAGGGGCUUAGCCGACAUCAGAACAUUAAUCAAGGCGGGGAGCUACUGGCAUGCUGCCCGGGGCUCACCCGGCCCUGCCCUCCCCUCCCUUGCCCUCCCCUCCCAGCUUUGCGGACUAGCCCUGGGUCUCGCUGGUCUCUGAGCCUGCCUGGCAAAUGGCUCCAGGCACUCUGGCUUGCAGGGGCCAGUGGCAGGGUGCAGGCAGCUGGUCUGGGAUGGCCCCCUAGGCAGUGCAAGUCUGUCCAGCCCAGGCAAGGGUACUGCUGCCAGCGGAUCAAGUAGAAAAAGGCCAGGGCAUUGGCCUGUGAGCCACAGCUGCCUGCUGCAGUGUGGUGCUGCUAUGAGGCCAGUCCACCACAGCCCCUGGGCUCUGCCCAGUCUGGGGCAGGGAAAGAGGAGCCCAGGGCAGGCUUCCAGCAGCACCUUGCAGCUGCCUGUGGGAUUAGUUUCUCCCGGCAGCUCACUGCCUGAUUCUGUAGGAGUCUGUGUCACCUCAAGGCAGCUGAAGAGCCAGGGCCCUCCUCCACUGAAGCUAAAGGGAAUAGAAGAGGCCCCUGAAGGAAGGAGGGAACAGCCAGCUGCUGGGGUGCAGCUGGUAUCAGCCUUGCCCACUUCGGUUCCCAGUGCAGGGUCUGCCCAUCUUUCUGAGACUGGCU